UUUUCUAUUAAAGCGUAAUGAAAUCCCAAAGGAAAAGUGACCACUUGGAGCGAACUGCCAAUGUCGUCCGUCAGGAGGUGGUGUGUGCAGCCAAAGUGUGCCGAACAGCUGAUGAGUCCCCAUCAGUGAAGAGGCUCCACCUACUUGUUGCAGAUAAAGAAUUUGCCUUUAAGGCUGGCCAGUGGGUUGAUUUCUUUAUCCCAGGAGUGUCUGUGGUUGGUGGCUUCUCAAUAUGCUCCAGCCCCAGACUGUUAGAACAGGAGAGAAUGAUAGAAUUGGCAGUGAAAUAUGCGAACCACCCUCCUUCCCUCUGGAUUCACAAUCAGUGUGCGCUCGGCUCUGAAGUGGCCUUGAGAGUAGGUGGAGAGUUCUGCUUUGACCCCCAACCUACAGAAACCUCAAGAAACCUCGUGUUGAUUGCGGGGGGAGUCGGCAUUAACCCUCUGCUUUCCAUCCUGCGGCAUGCGGUGGAUCUCCACAGAGAGCGAGUGAGCAAAGGAAGUGGCUACGAAAUAGGGAGGAUCAGACUCUUUUACAGCGCCAAGAAUACCAGCGAGCUCCUGUUUAAGAAAAAUAUCCUCGAUUUAGUAAAUGAAUUUCCUGAGAAGAUUGCAUGCAGUUUGCAUGUUACCAAGCAGACUACACAAAUCAGUGCUGACCUCAAGCCAUACAUCACGGAAGGAAGAAUAACAGAGGAGCAGAUAAGAGAUCAGAUUUCCGAAGAAACUUUGUUCUAUAUCUGCGGCCCGCCUCUGAUGACAGACUUUUUCUCCAAGCAACUGGAAAACAGCCAGGUUCCCAGAGAACACAUCUGCUUUGAGAAGUGGUGGUAGGAAACAGGCAAAGAGAAAGAAAUGAGCCAUGGAAUGACAAGGCGUUAACCUGAACUCAGUCUUAUUUUUGAAGGCUGAUAAUUCAGUGACUUGGAAGAGAACAGAGAAGUCAGCUGACAGACUUCAGUGAUCCACUUUUUUUUGGCAAAAGACUUUAUUGAGAAAGCUACUUUUUACUAGUCUGGCUUUCUUUUAUAAAUGACUAUUUGAUUAUCCUGUGCUAAACCUUGAAUUGAUCGGUAAAGACUUUCUCCUACGGAGAAAAGGACAUCUCCUUACAACUAAAUUAAAUGAAUAUAUGGUUUUAUGUGUGGAGGAUAGGCUAUCUUUAAAUUAUUUAACAACAACCUGUAUCUCUUUGAUUCAGUAAAAAUAAGUUAAACAUACUCUUAA